AGAAACUUCCGCAUAUGCAUUCUGAAGCUCACACUUACUGCUUUGCAUUUGACAGUUUGUUGAAUCCUAUAUAAAAGGCUUAUUUUUUAAUAAUGGGGCUUAUGUUUGGAUUUGGAAAUAUACUUUAUAUUAUUUUGCUUUUGUUGAACGCAGUCGCGAUUCUUUCUGAAGAUCGUUUUUUAGGAAGACUUGGAUGGUCUCAGAAUACUUCCUAUGGAUUUGGCGAACCCCAGGAUACCAUCAAAAGUAGAAUUCUCCAUCUAAUUCGAGCUAUUCGAACUGUUAUGACUUUUCCAUUAAUUGCCAUUAAUACGCUCGUUAUUAUUUACAACCUGAUUUUGGGCUAAGCAAAUAUGGGAUGGAUUGCAUAUCCUUACUAUAAGGAUCAUGAAUCAUACAUAUUUAAGGUUCUUGUUUAAAGCAUCCUAGACGUUAUGCAAGUCUUACCUUUGGGAUCUAUCUUUUCGAGUUAGAUAUUUACGUGGGGUUAUGAGCUAUGAAUCGUUCCUCCGAUGGAAUAAACAGCAGAAAGGACAUCACUAUCGCCAACAAUUUCUAUCUAAGUGUUUGUUUCUACUUAUGUACUCUUUAAUUGCUGCAUUUCUUCUUAUAUGGCGAGAUCCAUUAUACGAUACCUUUUAAUGAAUACUUCAGAGAAUAUUAGCAUGAAUUCAAUAUUGCAGAGGAUGCCUCAUAAUAAGCUUAAAAAUACAUUGAAAUGAACAAUGCUUUCAAUUACCUGUAUUCGUUAAUAUAACACUACACUAAAUCUUCAAAAGCCGGUGCCCUUAAAAAUACCGUACACUCAUUUGUUUACUAAAAGUUUUCGUAGUUGUGCGCUAUUUCAUAUAGUACACGAUAUUUAUCCAGCAUAAUGGUACUUAUUUU